AGGAGACAAGACCAAAAGAGGAGAGAUGAGAUAAGCAACGAUCAGAUAAGCUAUGCAGAAGCUGUUAGCUGCGGGGCUUCCACCUCCCAGUAAAUACACAACCAACCACACUGAACCUCUGUGUCCACCUCCCCACCACACAAACAAACAGUAACUUCAGUCUGCCAAGAGUGUCAGGUAGCCUGUUGUUGUAGUUGCUAUAACAGGAGUACUCUCAACUCAAGCUCAUAUUUCUAGGCAUCGUAGUUUACAGGAUUGACCAGCCUUUGUCUGAAUUGAUUUGGAGGACUUUAUUUUGGAGAUAAUCUGACCAGAAAGUACUUCAUCAAUUGUUUUGUAUCCCGGCAACCUGUUCUCUCAAGGACUUUUCUACAGGUGAUAAAACAUGAAUGAGAUGUGCACAGAUGCAUAUGAUUAUGACAACACAGAAAACUACACUAAAGAUUAUCCAGAUGAUAAUGAAUAUAUCUGUAACCUGAAUCCCAACCGUGAUAUGGAGAUAGUCAUACAGACCUACUUCCAUUCCUUCAUCUGUGCAUUCGGUUUCUGUGGCAAUGCAUUGGUGAUAGUCACAUAUGCCUUCUACAAGAAAGCCAAGACCAUGACGGACGUGUACCUUCUGAACGUGGCGGUGGCAGACCUGCUCUUCAUCGUGGCCCUACCUCUCAUAAUUUACAAUGAGCAGCAUGACUGGAGCAUGGGCUCAGUGGCCUGCAAGGCUUUUCGAGGAGCCUACAGCAUCAACCUGUACAGUGGCAUGCUCCUGCUGGCCUGCAUCAGUAGAGACCGCUACAUCUCCAUCGUCCAGGCCAGGCGCUCCUUUGGCCUCCGGUCCCAGAACCUGAUCUAUAGCCGCCUAAUCUGUACAGCCAUCUGGGCUCUGGCCAUAGCCCUGUCCGUCCCCACAGUCAUCUACAAUGAGCGGGUUGAGGAGACCAUCUUGCUAGAAGGGACUAUAACCGUGUGCCAGGCGCAGUUCCAAAGUAACAGGACCGCCCGGUUGAUGAAGGUGCUGGUGCCUAGCCUGCAGGUGGCCAUGGGGUUCUUCCUGCCCCUCCUGGCCAUGGUCAUCUGCUAUGCCAGCAUCCUAUGGACCCUACUGAGGGCCCAAAGCACCCAGAGACACAAGGCGGUUCGUGUGGUCCUAGCCGUGGUGGUGGUCUUCAUCGUGUGCCACCUGCCCUACAACGUGGUGCUACUCUACCACACGGUGGCGCUGUUCCAGCAGAGGGAGUGUGAGGUAGAGAACAUCAUCCUCACCACCCUCACCAUCACCAGGAGCCUGGCCUACCUCCACUGCUGCCUCAACCCUAUCCUGUAUGCCUUCAUUGGGGUCAAGUUCAGGAGUCGCUUCAGGAAGAUCCUGGAGGACCUGUGGUGCAUGGGCAGGAAGUACAUCUACCCAUCUGGACGCUCCUCACGCAUGACCUCUGACCUCUAUAUCCCAGCACACAAGUCCUCUGACGGAUCCAACAAGAAUGGCUCGUCGUUUACCAUGUGAAGAUGGGAGUAUGUAGAGAUUGCCUCCAAUUACUAUGGGUGAUGAUAGCAUGGUUAGUCAGGAAAUCAAGUAGUGACUUAUAUUCUGUGUACAGUGUGAGUAUUUGUUUGCAACUGUAUCUACAUCAUUUACCUAUAGUAUUUGCUGUAUUACUCAAAUCAAAUCAAAUUUAUUUAUAUAGCCCUUCUUACAUCAGCUGAUAUCUCAAAGUGCUGUACAGAAACCCAGCCUAAAACCCCAAACAGCAAGCAAUGCAGGUGUAGAAGCACUUUGAAUGCUCAUCGCUACUCCAAUUACAGAAAUGACAGAAAAUAGCUUACGGUUGUGAGUGUGAGUAAAUAAAAGCCGGGCAUUCUACCAGAGAAUUGUAGAACUUGGACACUGUCUCGUUGGCCUAACGUUAUAUCCUAAAUUGACUUUGGUGUAGGUCAUGUUGUUCUUCACAUUACCAUCUCUGGUAAAUACAUACUACAGUAUAUCAAAUAAAAUCUGUUUAUUUCUCACAUGCACAGGAUACAGAAGUUGUAGUGAAAUGGUUACUUGCGUAGUGGAGUCUUUUGUUUAGACAUGUUUUGUUUAGACAGCUAGCUAAACAAUGAACCAUAAUCCCAACUCAAAACGUUACUACCCUGCAUGACACACACACACACACGAUAACAACAUACACACUAUACAUACACAUGGAUUUAGUACUGUAGAUAUGUGCUAGUGGUGGAGUAGGGGCCUGAGGGCACACAGUGUGUUGUGAAAUCUGUGAAUGUAUUGUAAUGUUUUUAAAAUUGUAUAAACUGCCUUAAUUUUUGCAGGACCCCAGGAAAAGUAGCUGCUGCUUUGGCAGCAGCUAAUGGGGAUCCAUAAUAAAUACAAAUGCAAAUCUGUGAGGUAGCGAACCGACCAGAUUCAAUGUUAGCUAGCUAGCUAACAUUAGACUAUAACUAGCAAUGUAAAUGGCUCUGAGAUGCGUAUAAUAUUACUGCACAGAUCAUACAUGCAAUGUUAGCUAGCGAGCCAGCCCACUAACAUUAGCUAGCUAGGUAACAGUAUGCUUUAACUUGAAAUGAAAAUGACAAAAUUAGAAAUGUAUAAUAUCUGAAAAUGUAGUUAGCUAGACUAUCUUACCUGUAUACAUGGAUGGACGCUUCUCCCUCUCUGUCACGGAUGUAUGGUUGCAGAUGCAUAAAACACUUGUCUCCGGAUUACAACA